AGUUCGUCAUGGCGCACGAGAGGGCGAGUGAGCCCGCGCAGGUGGAGUCCCGAGCGCAGCAGGCGCGAGCGAGUCUGGAAGUCCGUGACCAUGAUGAGCCACCUGCGAGGGGGCGAGGCCAGGAGGAGAGGGGCAGGGCGGAGACGGGAGGGGAACCGCUGACGGUCGCAGCUCUGCCUUUGAUUGUCAGAGGCCCUGCCUGGCCCCUGCUCGUUUACUGACUCCAGUCCCUCAACCCGUCACUACGUCCCUAAAACUCCUCUCCAGCUCUGCACUCUCGCCGAGGUUAGCCUGUACUUCGACCUUCACCUGGGUCAGUCUAGGCCCCGUCUUCCCCCUCAGCCUGCUUCUGUCGAGACUCCAUCUUUUUAAAUUGCUGCUCGGGGGUCCUACUCUCACCCAGCAGCUCCAGGCCGGGUCCCUUCAGGGUGGCUUUCAGGUCUGUCCCAGAUCUCCUGGCCUCGCCCCCAACUAGAUACUCCAGGUUCGCCCAGUCACUCCGGCCGGGCCCCUGCAAGGUGCCCAGUCCCGGCUCCGCUCCCUCGGAGCUGCCUUCCAAUGCUCCGACCCCACACCUCAGUCUUGCCCAUCCCCUGGGUCACUGAAAGUCUGGUUCCUCACUCCAGAUCUUUUACGGUCUCUUCCACCCCCUCGUCGCACCUGCUCUCGGCGGGGUCGGGCCCUUUACACUCAGCGCGCCAUUCUCCGGGUGCGUUAGGCCCCGCCUUCUGCCUGCCUGCACUUCCCCGCCCCGCCCCUCGCUGGCCUGUGGUCCGCCAGCCCCUCCUAUUAGCCUCGGCCCCGCCCAGCAGGCGACUCCGCCCCCUCCCAACUCUCUGGGCUCAGCCCCGGCCCUGCCCCAUCGUGGCUUUCGCCGCGGUCCUGCUCCUCCGCUCAGCUCCAAACCCUGCGCUCGCUGAGGGCUCACCGGUCCCGGCGCCCAGCCGUCCCGCAGAUGACGUUCAUGUUCUCAAAGCGGAUGCUGCUCACACGCCCGCUCUCCAUGGCUCCGGGUAACUCGGCCUCCAGCGCCUCCAGCACCUCCAGGCAUCUCCGAGGCCUGCUCUGUACCUUGGAGGAUGCUGCAGGCCAAGAGAUUAACAAGACCCGCCCUGCCCUCCAGGAGCUUCCGGUCUGGUGGAGGAAGCCAGCACUGCAAAGGGUGAUACAGUGAAAGGCUCACGAGGUGAAGAGGAAGCCCAGUCUGGAGGCAAUCAGGGAAGGCUCCUUAGAGGAGGUGAUGUCUCAGAAAACAGCUUAUUGUCUAUAUCUGGCUGAUAAGGAACCUGGAGCUCAGAGCACAAAGUGCGAGGUCUCACAGACCCCUGGAUCCUAGGGGAGCAGAGGCUCGUGAUCUCAGACCUCUGCAUCCUUGGCUGUGGAAUCGCGCUGGUUCUCUGACGCCUCGGUCCGGGGAAAUCUCCCUCCUUCCUCGCUGCGGCCACGCGAUUUCGGCUUUCAAGCCGCAGAUCCGGCACCCCCUCCCACCACCUGGCUCGUGGGGACAGGUCUGCAGUCCUUGUCCACUCUACAACCCCCAUGGGCUACAGCCAGCCGCCGCCUCAGCUGCCACCCAGGAUACGGCAGGGAUAAGCGCAGCACAGGACCCGCUGGCCACCAUGUCAGGCGACUACGAGGAUGACCUCUGCCGUCGGGCACUCAUCCUGGUCUCGGACCUCUGUGCACGGGUCCGAGAUGCCGAUACCAGUGACAGGUGCCAGGAGUUCAACGACCUGCGAAUCCGAGGCUACCCCCGGGGCCCAGAUGCAGACAUCUCCGUGAGCCUGCUGUCGGUCAUCGUGACGUUCUGUGGCAUUGUCCUUCUGGGUGUCUCCCUCUUCGUGUCCUGGAAGCUGUGCUGGGUGCCCUGGAGGGACAAGGGGGGCUCCGCAGUGGGCGGUGGUCCCCUGCGCAAGGACCUAGGCCCUGGGGUCGGGCUGGCAGGCCUGGUAGGUGGAGGCGGGCACCACCUAGGGGCCGGCCUCGGGGGCCAUCCCCUGCUAGGGGGCCCACACCACCACGCCCACGCGGCCCACCACCCCCCCUUCGCGGAGCUGCUGGAGCCAGGCAGCCUCGGGGGCACGGACCCCCCUGAGCCCUCCUACUUGGACAUGGACUCGUAUCCAGAGGCUGCAGCCGCUGCAGUAGCUGCGGGGGUCAAACCCAGCCAGACCUCUCCGGAGCUGCCUUCUGAGGGCGGGGCAGGCUCGGGGCUGCUCCUGCUGCCCCCCAGUGGUGGGGGCUUGCCCAGUGCCCAGUCGCACCAGCAGGUCACAAGCCUGGCACCCACCACCAGGUACCCGGCCCUGCCCCGCCCCCUCACCCAGCAGACCCUGACCCCUCAGCCAGACCCAGGCAGCGAGGAGCGGCCACCAGCCCUGCCCCUACCCCUGCCAGGUGGGGAGGAAAAAGCCAAGCUCAUCGGACAGAUCAAGCCGGAGCUUUACCAGGGGACCGGACCUGGCGGGCGACGGGCCGGCGGGGCCCCGGGCUCCGGAGAGGCCGGCGCGGGGGCACCCUGUGGCCGCAUCAGCUUCGCCCUGCGGUACCUCUACGGCUCCGACCAGCUGGUGGUGCGGAUCCUGCAGGCCUUGGACCUCCCGGCCAAGGACUCCAACGGCUUCUCAGACCCCUACGUCAAGAUCUACCUGCUGCCCGACCGAAAGAAAAAGUUUCAGACCAAGGUGCACAGGAAGACCCUGAACCCGGUGUUCAACGAGACGUUUCAGUUCUCCGUGCCCCUGGCUGAGCUGGCGCAGCGCAAACUGCACUUCAGUGUCUAUGACUUUGACCGCUUCUCCCGGCACGACCUCAUCGGUCAGGUGGUGCUGGACAACCUCCUGGAGCUGGCGGAGCAGCCCCCCGACCGCCCACUGUGGAGGGACAUCGUGGAGGGCGGCUCGGAAAAGGCGGAUCUUGGGGAGCUCAACUUCUCUCUCUGCUACCUCCCCACGGCUGGACGCCUGACCGUGACCAUCAUCAAAGCCUCUAACCUCAAAGCGAUGGACCUCACAGGCUUCUCGGACCCCUAUGUGAAGGCCUCUCUGAUCAGUGAGGGGCGGCGUCUGAAGAAGCGGAAAACCUCCAUCAAGAAGAACACGCUGAACCCCACGUACAACGAAGCGCUGGUGUUCGACGUGGCGCCUGAGAGCGUGGAGAACGUGGGGCUCAGCAUCGCGGUGGUGGACUACGAUUGCAUCGGGCACAAUGAGGUGAUCGGCGUGUGCCGCGUGGGCCCCGACGCUGCCGACCCCCACGGCCGUGAGCACUGGGCGGAGAUGCUGGCCAACCCACGCAAGCCCGUGGAGCACUGGCAUCAGCUGGUGGAGGAAAAGACUUUGACAAGUUUCACUAAAGGCAGCAAAGGAUUGUCAGAGAAAGAGAACUCAGAGUGAGGGGUCUGGCCCAGGCUCGGGAUCGGACCAGGCCCCUUCAGGAUUCCACCCCUUCCUGCCUGGACUGUGAAUUCAUCUCCUCGAAGCCAUAACGCCCGAGCCGAGUGGUGCGGGGCAGCCCUGGGCCCGCCCCUCCUUCUGCCCCCAGAUGCGUGGGGGUGGGAGGCUGGCGGGCCCAGCUCCCUGUUUCAGGGUGGGGGGCAUUCAGUCUCCACUGUGUCUGUCUUCCCUUCCCCGGGGCUCCCCAUCCAGGCGAGGGGCCAUGCAUGUCUGGGGGACCCCUGCCCCCCCAACCUCCGUCUGUCUCUCUGUCUGUGUCUUUGCUGUUUGUACAAGACUUGGUGUCCUAAUCCUCGUUCUCGCUGUGAAUGUCAAUGGACCACUCCUCCGUGUUCCCCUGGAUACACACCCCUGUGUCGACCCUUUCUGUUCACCACACUCCACGUCUAGCCCCUCCUCCCCACUGCUGCUGCUAUCAAAUACCAGAAUAAACACUCACCGUGGGUCUCACUCCA